AUGUCAGGCCUUCAACCUGUGGCGGUCUACGCCAUGAAAGUCCCUCCAGGCGACAUCAUGGUUCCCGCGGUUCCCGCAUUUGCUGCCAUGUUUCGUCUGACCAUGGCCGCCAUUGAUCCCAGUGCUGAACCCGAGCUCGAAGAUCCUGACGACAAACGCCCUCCACGAGCAACUCUCAAAUUGAUCCGCGUUCCAGCCGGUCUGCUUGAUGAGGAUGACGAUUUUGAGGACGAUGAGGACUACCUUCCUGGUCUGGACGACGACGACGACGAGGAAGAUGAUGAGGACAUCGACGAAGAAGUGAAUGGCGGACCAAGUGAGAAGAAGUCCAAAGCCAAGGCAGCCGGUGACAGUGAAGAUGAUGAUGAAGACAUGGAUGACGAAGAUGAUGAAGAUGACGACGAGGACGAUGCAGCAGCCAUCGCGAGAUUGUCCAAGCUCAUGAAGAGCGCCAAAGGAAAAGGUAAAGCAAAAGCCCUGGACGGGGAGGAUGGCGACGAUGAGGAGGAGGAUGAAGACGACGAGGCUCUUGAGAUGGAUGAGGUGGUCGUCUGCACUCUCGACCCCGAGAAGAACUACCAGCAAACCUUGGACUUCGUUGUUGGAGAAGGCGAGAAGGUUUUCUUCAAGGUUUCGGGCGCAUACACUGUCUAUCUCACCGGCAACUAUGUCAUUCCUCAAGACGACGGCGCAGGCUCUCUCUACGAUGAAGAAGAUGAGGAGGAAGACUAUGACUUGUCCCCAGACGAGGACGAACUCGCUGCCCUCGAGGACGCCGACGAAGACUCUGACGCUCUUGAUGACCUCGCGGACCCUCGCAUCACAGAAAUCGACGAAGAGGACGAUGUGAACGCCCUUAAGGCCAUCAACCCGACUGGAAAAGGCAAGAACAAACGUCGUGCCUCAGAUGACGAUGACGAGGAGGACGAAGACAAUCUGGACGACAUGUUGGCCAAGUCGCUCAAGAAGGAAGAACCCAAGGCAGCAGGACCAACCCCAGCUACAAACGGCGGCGCACCGGAGAAACUCAGCAAGGCCGAGAAGAAGCGUCUCAAGAAACUCAAGAAGAACGAUGGCGAAGCUGUUGCAGUCGAAGCCACCGUAGGAGAGGCCAAAAAGGAAGCGGCGCAAAGCAAUGGCAGCUCUGAGAAGAAGGUCCAAUUCGCAAAGAACCUGGAGCAGGGACCGACUCCGUCCACGACGCCUCCUGCGUCUGCCAAAUCCGACAGUAAGGAGAAGUCAGGUAGCGGCGCUGCCACUCUGGGCGUGAAAGAAGUUCAAGGCGUUACUGUCGACGACCGCAAGAUCGGCAGCGGCCCUGCUGCGAAGAAGGGCGCACGUCUGGAGAUGCGCUACAUUGGCAAACUCGACAAUGGCAAGGUCUUCGACAGCAACAAGUCCGGCAAGCCAUUCAGCUUCAAGCUCGGUGCCGGCGAGGUGAUCAAGGGAUGGGACAUUGGUCUUCAGGGGAUUCAGGUUGGAGGAGAACGGAGACUGACCAUCCCGGCGCAUCUGGCAUAUGGGAACAAGGCUCUGCCCGGGAUACCCAAAAACAGCAAGUUGACCUUCGACAUCAAGUGCCUGGCUGUGAAAUGA